AUGGAUGAACAACACACCCUCAAAGACGGAGAAGAGCAUCUGGAGGAAAGAGUCCGCCAAGUCAUGAACAGGCUCGGAAUAAGAUGUGAAGACGUAGACAUCUCUCUUCGAAGUGACUCACCACUUGCAGAUUUCAUCAUCUCUCACGAGUUCCCUACAAAGUUCAGAUACCCUCCAAAUUUGGAAUCAUACGAUGGAACAGGCUGUCCCAAGAGCCAUAUUCACAAAUUCCAAGCGGUGAUCAAUGUUCAGACUAACUUAGAUCACGUACUAUGCAAACUUUUUCCUACUACCUUAAAAGGUCUGGCGCAGGAAUGGUACCAAAGUUUAAAGCCAGGAUCAGUGCUGACGUUCAAACAAUUCUCAGGACUUUUCCAGGCUAGAUUCGUAGCAUGCAUCCCUCAAAAGAAGCUGUCCACAGACCUGCUAGCCAUCAUGCAAAGGGAAGGAGAGACACUCAGGAAGUAUGUAGAAAGAUUCAAUAAGGAGGCGAUGCAGAUAGAAGACCUGAGCCAGGAGAUCGCCUACACAGCAUUACUCAAUGGAACUACCAACUCCGACCUACGAAAGGAAUUGUUGGCUAAAUCACCAAAAUCAUUUACCACACUGAUGACCAUCGCACAUACACAGAUCAGAGUGGAUGAUGGCCAGAGAGAGAUAGAGAAUCGCCUUGGACGGGUAGAAGAACGAACGUUUGCAGAAAGAAGAAAUGGGGACAGAUCGCCCAUAGGAAAGAGGUUCGGAGAGAAAGGCAACGACCAUUUCAGAAAUAAAAGGAAAAAAGACGAAGAUAGGCGAUAUACGCCCCUAAACACAACCAGAACCAACGUACUGUUUUGGGUAAAAGACAGCCGAGAGAAGGUCAGAUGGCCAAGGAAGAUGAACGCUGCAUCAGCCAGCAAAAGAGACAACAGCAAAUACUGUGAAUUUCACAGAGACAACGGCCACACCACAGAUGAAUGCUGGCACCUGAAGGAAGAGAUAGAAAAGCUGAUAGAAAGGGGAUCCCUUUCCCAGUUCGUAAAAAGGGAUACCGAAGCCAGAGAGGCGGAAUCAGAAAGAAAGAAAGAGCGGAGAGAAGAAACCGCCAGAAGACCCAGACCAGAGCCAACAGGCGUGGUUAACGUAAUAAUGGGCGGAUCGACCGGAGGAGACAACAAUACUACAAGAAAGAAAGCGGCAAGAACAGUCUACUCAGUUAGCCCAGGUGCACCAAAUGCUAAGAAAUUCAGAAGCGUAUCUUUUUCGGAGGGCGAUAGUCAUGGCUUAUCAGUCCCCCAUGAGGACGCCCUAGUUGUCAAGGGGCGACUCAACAAUUUCGAGGUAUCUCGGAUGCUUGAAGACACGGGAAGUUCGGUAAACAUGAUCACAAUGGAAGUGUUCGGCAGAAUUGGACUCAAGAAAGAAAAUUUGACACAUGUCUCUACUCCACUGGUGGGACUAGGAGGCAAAUCUGUACAGGUGGAAGGAUCACUGGAGAUAAACAUCCAACUGGGGGAUGGAGAGAUCUACAAAGAGAUCCGAGCAGAAUUCAUGGUGGUCAAUAUGGACUUUGCAUAUAACGCAAUUCUCGGAAGGCCACUUUUGCACGAUACGUGCGCAUCCAUUUGCAUGAGGUACCUAUUGAUGAAAAUCCCAACCAGAGAAGGCGAUGCCAAAGUCAGAGGAUGCCAAAAGUCAACCAGAGAAGCAUACUUUACAGCUCUCAGGAAAAUACAUGUAACCUUGCCAGUACUAACAAUGGAACCUCCAGAGAAGAAGGAAAGGGCGGAGCAUUAUGGGCGAACCACGAAAAUCGAAUUAUCCCCAGGAAAGGAGAUAGAAGUGGGAGAUGAGCUAGAGGAAGAAAUCAAACGAUCUCUAACAGAAAACCUCAGAACACUUGGAGACUCCUUUGCCUGGACAACAGACGAACUGAUCGGAGUAGACCCGGACAUCAUAUGUCAUCGGUUAAACAUAGCGACCGACGCGAAGGCAGUGAUACAGAAGAAGAGAAGACACUCGCCCGAAAAACAACUCGCCAUCGCAGAAGAGGUCGCCCGGUUAAAAGCAGCAAACGUGAUCAAAGACGCCUAUUACCCCAAGUGGGUAGCAAAUGUGGUAAUGGUAAAAAAGUCCAAUGACACUUACCGAAUGUGUGUGGACUUCACAGAUCUGAAUAAAGCAUGUCCCAAAGAUAGUUUCCCGCUUCCACACAUUGAUCAGUUAGUAGACUCCACAGCAGGUCACGCCCUUUAUGCAUUCCUAGAUGCCAAGGAGGGAUAUCAUCAGAUACCCAUGGCACCUGAAGACCAGGAGAGGACGGCCUUCAUAACGGACCAGGGAUUAUUUUGUUACAAGAUGAUGCCCUUCGGUCUGAAGAACGCAGGAGCCACAUAUCAGCGGCUGGUGAACUCAAUAUUCAGAGAUCAGAUCGGAAAACACAUGGAAGUUUAUGUGGAUGACAUGAUCGUCAAAAGCAUCCGAGCCGAAGACCACCCAGCAGAUGUGAAGAUAGUCCUAGAGACGCUAAAGAGAUACCAGCUAAAACUCAAUCCGGAAAAGUGCGUAUUCGGAGUACCGGCAGGCAAGUUCUUGGGAUACAUGGUCUCUCAGCAGGGUAUUGAGGCUAACCCAGAUAAAAUCGAAGCGGUCUUAAAAAUGACGCCGCCACGGAGCAUACAUGAAGUCCAGAAGCUCAACGGCCGGAUCACGGCUCUAGGUCGGUUCAUGUCCUGCUCGGCAAAACGAUGUCUACCUUUCUUCAAAACACUGAAGAAGAUCAAGAAUUUCACAUGGACGGCAGAAUGCCAGACAGCUUUCGAAGAACUGAAAAACUUCCUCUCGUCACCACCACUUUUGGCGAGGCCAGAUCCAGGCGACGUGCUAUAUUUAUACAUCUCUUGCUCUGACGAAACAAUAGCAGGGGUACUGGUAUCGGAGAAAGAAGGAGAGCAGUAUCCGGUCUACUACGUAAGCAAGGUACUAAGGGACGCGGAGCUAAGAUACCCAAGGUUGGAGAAACUAGCGCUGUGUGUAUAUACCGCCACCAUCAAACUCGGGCAUUAUUUCGAGGGACAUCAGGUUAUCGUACGAACCGAUCAACCCCUACGAAAGAUCCUCCAGAAAGCAGAAACAAGCGGACGUAUAGCAGAAUGGGCUGUUAAGAUCGGAAGCUUGGGCGUGGUCUAUGAAGCUCGGAAAGCAUUGAAGGCUCAAGCAUUGGCCGACUUCGUCGCGGAACUAACAUUCACAGAACCAAUGGAAAACAAAGCAGUCCCCUGGGAAUUACACGUCGACGGAGCAGUUUGUGGGGAAGGGGCAGGCAUCGGUGUCGUGCUCAAAGGACCGGGGAAAAUCCAAAUGGAAUACUCAGCAAGACUUGAAUUCUCAGUUUCUAACAAUGUUGCAGAAUAUGAGGCGCUGAUAACAGGACUGCAAUUGUGUGAAGAGCUCAAUAUCUCCGAAGCACAUAUCUACAGCGACUCACAACUGGUUGUGAACCAAGUCUCAGGAAAUUUUGAAGUCAAAGAAGCCACACUGAAGAAAUACGCCAAGCAAGCCAAAGCCUUCUUUACAAAUAAUGGGCGAUCUUGGUCGUUACAGCAAAUACCCAGAGCAAUGAAUGGAAGAUCGGAUGAAUUGGCAAAAUGGGCGGCAACAAACAAUCAUGAUUCAAUGAGAAAUAUCCCUCAUGAAAUUAAACGACAGCCUAGCUUCCAAGGAGAAAUCGAAGAAGGCGAAAUGCUGAUAGUGGAAGAAGAAGAAGAAAACUGGAUGACUCCCCUCACAGCAUACUUAGCUGAUGGAACACUUCCGGAGGACAGAAAGGAAGCUAAAAGAAUAGUGGUACUAUCAUCAAAGUUCGGAAUAUACAGUGGCCAGCUGUACAAGCGGUCAUUCACCCAUCCCUGGCUAAAGUGUGUAAACAAAAGAGAAGGAGAGUACAUCAUGAAAGAACUACACGAAAGAACCUGCGGAGCACAUGAUGGAGCAUCAACUCUGGUCAGGAAAGCCCUGCUACAAGGCUAUUAUUGGCCUUCGAUGAAAGAACAAGCAACAACGCUGGUAAGGGGAUGCUGGCCUUGCCAGCAACAUGCUUUGAUACCAAGAAAGCAAGCCUCAGAAAUGAAACCCAUCGGCAGUGCAUGGCCGUUCGCCCAGUGGGGUAUGGACAUCCUGGGACCUCUCCCUUUGGCCACAGGACAACGGAAGUUCCUGUUCGACUCAGCAAAGUUUAGAAAGUUUUGUGCCGAGUAUCAGAUCGACCUAAGGUUCACUUCGGUUUACCAUCCACAAUCAAAUGGGCAAACCGAAGUGGCCAACAGAAUCCUACUGGCCGGACUAAAAAGAAGACUAGACGAGUGCAAAGGAAGAUGGGUAGAAGAACUCUACAGCGUCCUAUGGAACUACCGUACCACCCCUAGAGAAUCAACGGGCGAAACUCCAUUCGCCCUAGCCUAUGGAACGGAGGCUGUAAUUCCUGUAGAGAUCGGCGCACCCACGCCAAGGACAGAAGACAACCAACUGAACUUAGAAGAAAAUGAAGCAGAGCUCAGGAACAAUCUGGACCUCUUGGACGAAAAGAUCAACAGAUCAGACAUUAGGAUGGAAGCCUACAGACAGAAAAUGGCAAGACAUUUCAACAGCCAUGUAAAAAAAAGAAAGUUCAAAUUAGGCGACCUCGUCAUGAGAAAGACCGAAGUUAAAAAAGGAGAAGCAGGGACCGGAAAGCUGCAACCAAAUUGGGAAGGACCUUACACCAUCAGCAAGGUCAUUAAAGAAGGAACAUUCAAACUUACCAACUCCAUGGGAAUAACCAUACCCAGAGCAUGGAACGCCAACAACUUAAGGAAAAUUUAG